GAACAGGGAGACCCGGCCCCACCCCAUGGGAAAAGCUGCAAGAUCUGGCUGGGUUAGGAGAACAGGCGUUCGGACCCUACCCUCCAUCAGAGGGCGGGGUCAGUGCACACUCCAACCCCCCAGGAGCAGAGCCUCAGGGCCACCCCCACCCAGGAAGCCUCUGAGCCUGGCUCCAGUGUUCCAACGCCAAGGCCUGGACCAACUCCCAACCAUGAGCCAGAAAGUGUUGGACCAAAGUCUGGUGAUUACAUACACACAGUUGGAGGAGUGGGCUGAUGUUCUGAUGGAACUGUUUUGAGGACGGCUCUAAGGGAGGUCCUGGAAUACCCUCUGCUGGACAGUGCUGAGAAGAGCAUUCCUGUCGCCUGCUUAAAGUCCUCCCUCUGUCUGCAGAUUCUGUAGAAUCUUAUCAGCUGGGAUUUUACCAGACCUGCAAAGGUGUUAUGCUUGAAAGCAAUAAAGCAGAAGAUGGCUGUAUGAAGGAGGAUUCUCACGGUGAACACGAGGAGUGCCUGGAUGAUCAUGAGAACAUGCAGGACAUGGACAUCCUUGACAGGAAUAUUCUGGACGACGAUGACAAGAUGGAAGAGAGCGCUGCUGCGGAUUCUGGCCUGAAAGAGUCGUCCUCUGUUGAGGGCGAUGAUCAGAAGAAGAGCUCUGAGGAAGAAGACGAGAAAGCAGAGUCAAAGGAUGAAAAGGCUGCUGGAGGUGGUGCUGCCGCAAGUAGCCGAAAUCUGUGGGUCAGUGGUCUGACUGAUCUGAAAACUCUCUUCAGCAAAUAUGGAAAGGUUGUCGGAGCAAAGGUGGUGACAAACGCCAAGAGUCCCGGCGCUCGCCACUGUGGCUUUGUCACCAUGUCGUCCACGUCCACAGAGGACAUCAGUCAGCUUCACCGGACCCAACGUCACAGGAAGAUGAUCUCUGUGGAGCGGGGGAGCGCGUUGACUGUAUUCACAGCAGUUCUGUUGAGCUGAUUCAUCAACAAAGUCAUAAAACUGAUCAAUUCUAUUGAUUUGAAUCCAAGAAAAGAAAAAAAAAGAAGAGAUUUUUUUGCAGCUAAAGCAGUUUUCUGCUUCAGAUUCAGAGAUGCAUCAGGAGCGCUUGUUUACGAAAGACUUAAAGGGUAACCAAACCUUAAAUCAACAUUUUUUUGUCUGUUGAGCUCUAUAAAUGGAGCUUUAAAAGGCCUGUCUAUUGGACAUAGCAACAUUUUUGAUCAAUUAAAAUAAAUUCUUUAAAACAGAGUCAAAAACCGCCUGUGUGCUGCCACCUACAGGUUGAAUUGAGGUUUUACAGUUGAUCUUUGAUUGUUCAAACCAUUUAAGUUACAGAAGUCUGAUGUCAUGAACGACAGCUCCAGUAAUUAUAACAGUCCUGCCCUCAAGCCCCACCCCUUUCAGCUGUGGGUGGAGUCAGCCUCCAACUACCACACAGAACCAAAGAAAAUUGUUUAUUUGUUAACUUCAACAGAUUCAUUUAAAUGCAACAAAAAAUAUGAAAGUAAUUUCAGUCAAAUUAAUUAAAUAAUAUCCUAUUCUGAAGAAAAAUGUACUAAAUAUUAUUUUGAAAGGCUAAAAACAAGCCGGCAGGGAAGAAGCCUGCCGAAUAGUCCGGAGCCGAGAGAAGACGGUCCACGACUCAAAAUACGUAAGAACCUCAACUCUACAUUUGAGUCAAUCAGCCGUAAGUCUACGACAGACUAAUUUUAGAGUUAAAAAUGUAUGAGAAAAAAUACUGUAUAUUUACGUGACUUGACGAUGUAAAUUUAUGACUUUCAUCUAAUAAAUGUAUUUGUUUUUUAAA